CCGUAAAGUUUUUAUAAUUUAUAUAAACAAAACUAAUAAUAUUAAAAAGAAGGUAAAUAAUAAAGGUAUAAUGAUGAACAUAAUAAUUGUUUGCGUGUAUAUAUCAUCUAGUUAUAUUAGUAAACACACAUAUAUCUGAUGUCCCAUUGGUAUAUCCAAAUAAAAACUUGCAUAAGAGAGAGAUAUAUAGUUGGUAUCUGCCUAUAAAAACUAUCAGAUGGAUAAAUUUGCACAGUUUAAGGGCAGAAAUAAGCCCAAAAUUGGAAAGUUUUUCACUGGUAGGAUAAAUAUUUGUUCCUACGUUAUUCCACAGCAAUUUUCUACUCGUAUCUUUUAGUUAUUUAGAUGUGUGUGUGUAUAUAUAUGAAUAUAUAUGUGUAAGGCAUAUGAUUAUCUGGAAAGGAAAAACAAACAAUUGAAAAUAAUUUAUUUCAUCUACGUGAAUACAUAUAUAUUUAAUGCAAGUUAAAUUGGAUAGAGAAUGUAUAAAUUUAAAUGUGAUUGGAAUAAAUACAUUUUCUCCUUAUACAAAUAUGGAUACUACUAACAAUAAUACUACUACUACUAAUACUAAUAAUAACAAUAAUAGUGCUCAAUUGCAUAACCUUGUGGAUAACACACAUGUAGAUUAUUAUAACUCGCUAUGUUCUUUGAAACCAGAUAUUCAUACGACGUUUACUGCUACUAUUGAUCAUCAUAAUAAUCACAACUUUUUCAGUAGUUCAAAGGAUAUUCCUAUUGAAUCUAUGUUGGAUAACUAUGGUUUAUUCGAUCCAACGAUAUCUCACUUACCUACAUUUACCAGUACCGUAACCAGUUGCACAAUCAGUACCAUUAGUAAAAAUAGCAGUACAGUUAAUAACAACAAUAGUUAUCGAUAUCAUUAUGGUCGCAGCUAUUCACGUAGAGCAAAUGCAGAUAGGAUAAGAAAGGUAAAACAUUCACGAAUUAAUAGAGCUUUACCAUCAUCAUCACCAUCAUCUUCGUCAUUAUGGUCAGGGAAGACAACAAAAUCAUCAAUAAUGAAUUAUAGCAAAUUUCACAACCGUGGAAUAAGAUUACAUUCAGUAAAACCACCUUAUUCAUACAUUGCAUUAAUUACAAUGGCUAUUCUACAUUCACCACAUAAACAUUUAACAUUAGGUGGAAUAUGUGAUUUUAUUAUGUCGAAUUUUCCUUACUAUCGUGAACGUUUUCCAGCAUGGCAAAAUUCUAUAAGACAUAAUUUAUCAUUGAAUGAUUGUUUUAUGAAGAUACCACGUGAACCUGGUAAUCCAGGCAAAGGUAAUUACUGGACUUUGGAUCCAAAUUCUUUAGAUAUGUUUGAUAAUGGCAGUUUUUUGCGACGACGUAAACGUUAUAAACGUUUAAGUUUUGACAGUAGUAGCAGUGCUUGUUUUUAUAAGUAUUCCGAAUUCAUCGACACCUGUAAUAGUAAAAGACAAAAUAACUAUCGCGUUAAUUUAUUAAAUCAAACUGCGACUACUACUACUUCUACCGCUACGGAUAGCAGGAUAUGUAGUAGCAUAUAUCCUCAAGUCAUCGUGGAUAAAGAUAGUAAUGCACUCACUAACACAUGUCAUUCUAACUUUGCUAGCAAUGCACCUAUUUUAAUCAAGACAAAUACUACUACCAAGACAGGUAAAUCCGGUAAUGCUUCAUCACUAAAUGAGAAUGUUUCAAAUGUUUACACCACCAAAAGUGAUUUGAAGGAUGAUUAUAUAGUGGAUAACUGCGUUCAAGAUAAUAAAUAUCUGGAGAAAAAACCGGAAAACAUGUUAGCUUUAAUUAACAAAACUACUAUUCCAUCAGCGUGUGCAAUAUCUAUGUGUACACCAUAUUCUGUUCAUAAUUCCAAUAUACCUCUGACGUCUUCAUCAUCGGCAUCGUCAUCAUCAGUUAGUGGACCUCUAUCCCCUUCUUCAGUUGAUCCGAAUAUACCCUAUGUAUUCCAAUCACUGUUUCAACGACAAAACAACUCAGAUAUAAAUAAUCAAGAAUACAUAAGAAAUUCACUGUCAUUUAAUAUUGAUCACAUCCUAAAUUCAACUAAGAAGGACAAUGAGACAACAUCAUUACUAACAUCUUCAGUCUUGCCCUCCAAUUCUUUAUCUCAUUCUUCCUCAUCAUCAUUGUUCACACCAUUAGAAAAGAAAAAUUCGGAAGUAGUUAAACCAUUAUUUCCUUCACCUUUAUUGUCACGUGAGUCUUAUUCUCAUUUUUUAUCAAACCUUUCCAACAAUACUACUGUAAUCAAUCCUAAAUUAAGUAGUAAUAUCACUGAUGAAGAAAUCAGCUUAUUUAACGAUGAAAAAUUAUUUCAUCAUGCUUAUUUUAUGCAAAUUUUAUCAAAUCGAAAAUUUACUAUUCCAGAGCAUUUAUCAUCUUAUUGGAAUGAGAUUGAAUCAACAGAUUGGUUUAAUUCAAAUAUAAAUAUUCAAUUUUUAUCUCAUUUUAUUCAAUCUGUUCUACAUACAAAUUAAUCACUAAUUGAAAACAAUUUAUUUAUGUAAGACUUUUAAAGUAGUCUGUUUAUUAAUCCUUCAAUAUAAACAGGAAAUUCUUUGUUUCUACGGUAUCAUGAACGUGAAUCUCAGGUGGUUUUGUUUUUUGAAAAAAAAAGAAAAAAACAUUAUGAAUAUGAUUGAAUAAAAUUAUUGUUUACAUCAAAAGACUGUUUCCAUAUAGUAACUGAAUGGAGUUAAAAUGAUUUCUCUUCUGUUUUGUGGGAAAAAAAAGAAUAUGCAUAAUAUCACAUUAUACGUUCAUUGUAUAACAUGGUUAUGGUGUAUGUAUGUAUGUAAAUGGAAUGAUUAUCAACUAAUUUUUUUUUAAUAUUUUCAUAAGAACUUUCUUGUUCUCAUUGGUUUCUUAUUAAUUUGUAUUUACAUUUUUUUCUUUCAUGUCAACUUUGUUUUCUCUUAGUCUUUUCCUUUUCUUACUCUUAGCUAAGUAUAAUUUAACUUGUAAAGUAUAGAGUUUAUUUAUUCAUUAAUCCGUUUAUUGAUUUGUUUAUUUGAUUACAUAAUACUUUGAUAAUUAUUCAUUACGUAACAAUUACAAAUAUUGAAAACAAUGAUCAGUCGUUAUCAUUAUAUUAAUAGUAGUAAAAAGAAUUAUGGUUACUAGUGGUAGUAGUAGUAGUAAUAGUAGUAGUGUACACAUCAUCAACAAUGAGACAAUUUAUAUUCAUAAUCAUACCCCAGAAGUUUAAAUGACAAAAAAAAACUAAUGACAAUUACUAUAUAAAGUUAUUUUAAUUAUUCAUUGAUAAUGAUUAUUAAUCUAAUUGUUAUCAAUAACAUUGAAUUGUACUGAAUGUAUCAUUGCAUUAUAAGUUAUGUAAUAAAUGUCUGUUCAUUUAGCGUUUUCCUUUUUACAGAUCUAUAAUAAGUUAGUUUAAUUAUCUUAUAUCUAGUUAUUUAUACCUUUGUUCAUAUUUUUCUUUUUCGGAAAAAAGUGUUUUUCCUUAUAAUCUAAUAAAUAUGAAUUAAAAUACAAAAAGGAUGUUUUAUGUUUUCUUCUUAUCAUUAUUAUUUCUUAAUGGGAUAAAUUUUAUAUACACACAUUAAUUUAAAU